AGGCAGGGACAACAAACCUACCACUGGGUGGAGAAUAGGUUGGCAAUGGCCUCUGUCUGGAGUCAGGAACGACUGGCGUCUGUCUACAAAUUCUCCCCGAGUGAGGGCUCUGUGGUUGUGUCAGUGCCGCUGCCACCCCUCCCCUGGUCCAGGGUGGCCCAAGGUGGUCUGGUGGAUAUCCUGGUGGAGGAGUGGCUCCUGAGGCCCCUGCAGACCCUUGCCUCUGUCAGACCUAUCGCUGAAUUGUACCGCCUGAAAAGGAAAAUCAUGGACAGCGCUUUCAUAUAUCAAGCUCUGUUGGUGGCGGAUCAGUUUGUGGUCACAUUUGAUGGCCACCUGUACGAGCUACCAAACUCUUGUCCUCUGCUCCUCGCUCAGGAUAUCAGCACUGCGUCCUCGUUCACAUUAAUGCUCAGCACAGACUCAAACACCCUCCUUCUAAUCGGAGUGGACAACAACACCAUCAACAUCCAGAGAGAUGGACAGGUAAAGGUGAACUGCAACAACGCUGUAACAAACACAUUUCACACUGACAAUGGAGUGGCUGUCAGAAGAGGGGCAAACAUUGUGCAGGUGAAGAACUGGCAUGGAGCAUCUGUGUCAUGUGACUUGGUGCUUCAGGUCUGCAGCUUCACCCUUGAUAGAUGGUUUCAUGGCACGUCCGCUGGUCUGUGGGAACUAAUGACAACGAAGCUGGAAACGAUUUCCCUCUGUUGGAUGGAUCUCAAGCCGAGGACAUGGACAGUUUCUUCCAUAGUUGGCAGAUGAGCCCAGAUUGUGUUAGACAGUCAGGUGAAACGAGCAGAUUUCAGAUGCAGCCAACGCCCGUGUGAAGCUGUGACUUCCUGUUUUCUUCUUCUGACUCGCCGCUGAGUUCCUGCUUCAGGGUGGUUGGUCCCAGUCAGUUCUUGUCUGUGUGUGAGAUGAGCUCCCCCAAAGCCCCCUGCAGAUUAGCAUCUGCUUUGUUCAUCUCUGUCAGCAGAACUACAUACCUCUGGAGGUGCCUGUGCAGUGCUUGAAAGUUUGAAGGAAAGACGAUCUAAUGAAGAGCAACACUGCCGAUUCAUGACCUCUGUUAGCUGCUUGAACAGAAUGUACCUUUUAUACCACUGUCUGUGCUAUAUUCUCUAUUUUUUAAAUAUUGUGUACUCUUUGUAUAGUUUCACAGUAUCAUACCUUCUAUAAUGUACACUUUGUCCAGCAAAUGUUUUGCCAAAAAUGUGAAUGUGAACAAACUAUGGAGAGCAGUUUAAAGUGAUCAAGUGGUCUCAUA